GUACAAUAGUUGGUAGCUUGGGAAAACUAGGUAACCAAAAAAUAUAGAAGCUUCUUUAGCAAUCAGUGUCAUAAUGACAUUAUUGAUACAUACAUAUUGAAUUAGACUUCAUAAUAUAUCUCUGUGUUUACUUAUUAUGAAUCAUGAUUAAAAGACCUUGCCAUCUAUUGGACAGAUUAUAUUAAGCUCAUCUGUUUCUUUGGCUGACUGUAAAUGAGGGUGUAAUUUGGCCAGCUCAAUAACAAUCGCUUUUACUUUUGCAGUGUAUGUCAGGUGCCCAUUAAAUUUGGGGGAACUAAGGGGCAUCAUAAAAAUACAGAAGUUUGAAAUUUCAGUCUCUACUGGGGUUUGAGUUUGAGACCCCUCAGCACUUUACCACUUAGCCACCAUGCUUCCACUGGGAAUACAAAAUCUACAUUUUGUUUAUGAGGGCAUGAAAAAAUGUCCAUCAUCUAUUAACUUUAAUUUGUUGUGUUUGUUGCAAUUUUCUCAUCUAUAACUCUACAUGAACGUGAUUUUAUGUUGUUGUUUUUUUCUUAGUCUUACUAGCUAUAGUCUCCAUUUUAAAUGAUGAAUUUUACACCUUGCUUUUAAAUAUCUCAGUGGUAGUACUCAUCUUUUAUUGAUUAACAAUAUUAACCAGCAUUACUAUAAUAUAAUAAAAAAAAAACAUAUCAUUAUUCAAUGUCCAAAGCAGAUGGCAGCUGUUGUUCAUUGUAUUCAGGAACUACAGUCAACUCACACAUACACACUCUGACCCACACUCACAGCCUAAACAUUGGUUUAUCUUUUCUAUGGCCAAAUAUCAUUUAAUUAAUUUUUUCACUGAAAACAACUGUCUGACCUUCCUGGAUAGUUUAUAGCUCAAUUUUUUGGAAAUGGAUGAGCUGAAAAUUGAAUUGGAUGCAUGUCGCAAGCGUUUAGAGGCUAAAUACAAAGCUGUAGCAAUAUUAAGAAAGCAGGCAGAAAAUGCUGAUACAGAGCUGAAGAAUACUGAAAAAAAGGCCAGUGAGACUAGCAGGAAACUUGAACAGCAUGGUGAUGGGAUGAAUGCUUUGGUUCAGGCAUUAGAUGCUAAUGAUGUGGCCAGGGUCUCCAGGGAAAUGUUGGAAUUAGAGUUUGGCAGGGUGUGCCAGGAAAAUGGUAACCUGAUGUCAAAACUAGAAGCCAGAAAUGAAGAAUUACGCAGAGCUAAUGCACAUAAAUCAGCACUAGCUAGGGAGAGGGAUGAACUUUUGGCUCUUUUAGAUGUGACUGAAAGACAGAAAUAUGAACAUGGAAAAAGCACAACAGCCGAAGAAGACUAUGGCACAUUUACAUCCUCAGAGCUGGCUGUACUGGGGGCAUGUAAAUGUAGAGUCACAAGCCCAGAUCCUUGUGGGUGUGCCCACGCUGCAGCAAACUUAAGAAAAGAAGUUUCCAAAUUAAAAGAUGAGCUUGACUGUAGUUUACAAAGACGUGAAGAGGCAAACUUGACUGUAGAUGCCUAUCGUGCAGCCUUUGAGGAGCAGCUCUCUAAAACUAGAAGUUUGAGUUUAAAACUCUCACAGAUUGCUACUAUAUCAUCUCGUUCUACUAAAGCUAAAGCAGCUAUAAAGUGGUUAAUUCAAGUUUUAAAUGAUGAUGAUUACUCACCACCUAAACCAAUUGAGACAGCAAUAGAUGCUGAUAAAGGACAAACCUUAACUUCCAUGAGUCUUCAAGAACUAGUCACACUACUAACUGAAAUGGUCUUAGAUAAAAAUGAAGUACUAGCACACAACAAGCUGGCAUCGCAAAUUUUGGCUAACAAACUAUUCAAAUAUGAACAGAAAGAAACAGAAAUUCCAAAAGGUACUUAUUCUAAAAGUAAAGAGGGAAAAUCAAAAUCUUCAAAAGUAACCCCAAACUAUAAAUUACACUUGUAUUUCAAAGAAUCUGAAGAAGCUUCCAAUCUUUGUAAAGCUCCAAUGGAAACAACAUAUCAAGGAGUCUUAUCCACUGAAAAAGCUGAAUGUUUUUCUCUUUAUACUAGUGCUGAUGGUAGUCCAGAAAUUGGAGAUCAUAUUGCACAAGCGUUAGAUGAUAGACUCACUUUCAGCCAUUCAUCUUUGGCUGGGGCUGAAAGUUACCUAAUCAGUGAAAGCAGUGACUCUAACAAAAUAGAAUAUAAUGAUGAUUUUAACAACAAUGAUGCAGAAGUGGCCAAAUUGAAUGAAGUCUGUCACAGUAGAGACAACACUAUCCAAUCUGUUUCUGGUGACAUUACUUUGCCUGAAAACAAUUGUAAUCAAAAUGAAUCUAAUGUUCAGCAAGGUCUUCCAGAUGAACUAGAGCAAAAUGGUCUGGUGAACCUUGCAGCAUUUAAAGAAGAAUUAGAGGCUAAACAAUAGAUUAAAAUAAUGCAAAUUAUUUUUACUGAUUCUCAACAACUUCACUAGAUUUAUAAUAGGAAAUGUGUUUAUAAUUACAAACUAUGAAGCUCAAUACCAAAGUCUAUAGAAAAAGACUAGCCACAUGUGAAGGCAUUUGAAAUGCAAAGCCAAGUCUGGAGGAUAUAAAUGUUUCUCAUGGACUACAAAUGACAGCAUGUACAGAUAUAACAAUUAUAAAUGUUACUUAGAUCACUUAACACAUAAACUCCUAUUGCAAAAGAAAGCAGUGUUCAUGUAGAUACAAUAUGAUAUGAAGUUACCUAAAACUUUUACACUUUCUCUUAUUAUCUUGCAAAUUUUUCAUUGGGUCAAAAAGCAAAAAACUAAUUCUUGGAAAUGAAUCUUGAAAAUGGCUCUAACCAUUUUUCUAGAAAUUAGACUGUUCAUGUAUAUCUUUGGGAAAAGAAUACUAGCUAAUUGGCCACACAGGGAAAACUCAGGUUUGACUGUUAUAGUUUUUUAAAAUCAUAAUCUUUAAAAUUAACUUUAGUCUGGAGGUCUAGACAAUCAAUAUCUUGCACAUACAUCAGCGGGUAUUCCCACAUGUAUUCAUUUAAGAGUUAAUUAAAUGAAAAGAUUUUCAGGACAUACGCUUUUGUCUCCAAAGUCUGGAUCUAUAUGUGUAUUACCAAACUAGAAUUAGUCUUUUUAUGUUGACAUAUUAAGAGCAAAGUAAUCAUUCUUACAAAAAGUCAUCAGCUUCGUAAAGGCUGUAUUGCGAAUAAAGAAAAACUUUUUUUAAUGUUAUUUGGUCAACUUUUGUUUAAGAUCUUCAUGUCUUUUCCAAAAUGAAAAGAGAAAAGUAGUUAAUCAUUUUUAGUGAAAACCAAUUCUUUUGGUGUGUUUUUUUUAAUGUUUCAAAUUAUUGCACCAGUACUACACUGUAUAUGACCAAUCAUGGAAAUUAAGUGUUGAGGGUUUUUUUGAUGGCUUUUUAAAACUAGGCAUAUGGUUUAUCUUUAAAUUUGUUGUUUUUUUUUCUUUGUUUGUUAAUAAUUUUUUUUUGGUUUAAAAAAAAAUAUUUUCAGGUUUUCUCUAAUUGCUUAUGUAUUAAAACCCACUUUUUAGAACCAGAAAUGCAAAAGCUAUCCAAGUAGUUAGAAGGUUUUAUAGUCUAUAAUUUGGAAUUACAAGUCUAAAUUAUCUGUCUUUUGUGGUGCAUAUUAUCACCAUUUAUAUUAUAAUGUCAUUCAUUUUUAAAAGUCAAAAUAGCUUAUGGAACAUAUAUUCUAUAUUUAUUUAUAACAUUAAUAUGCUCUUUUACGUAAAUGUAAUGAAAAAGUUACUAAUAUAAUUGCUUUAUGGUUAUAGAAAAGAAAGUAGAAUAGUACAAGUGGAAUAAAAAAAAAAAAAGGGAAAGUUUUCUUUUCUAUUACAAAAUUGAUUUACAAGCAAAACUUGUUCUUAAGCUCUCUACUCAGCACUGUGAUUUUGUGUCUAUAUCUCUACAUUUUAAAAAGUGUCAUAGAAAUAAAAAAAUAUGGGGGGGGGGGGGGGGGGGGGGGAGGGUUCUGCUGUAUGCAGUAUUUGAGCCAUUGUUACUCUACUCUCAUGCUCUCCCUUUUUUUGUCUCUCUGGACAUUUUAAGAUUUAUUUAUGAAAUGCCAUUCUAAGCAUGCUUUCUGGCAGGAGUAAACUAAAAUCUCAUACAAUAACAAAUAGGUGUUACAUUCAUGCUGGAAAAAAAUGAACAAAACAAAAAAAAGUACUUUCAAUCUUGGUGGAUUACAUAUUGAGUCACUAUGGGUGGCCUAGCCUCCUUUUAAUGUUAAUAGAGCUCUUUUUAUUAUUUAUGCAUAAUACAAUAUAAAUUUAAAGUUUAUAAUAUGUAAAUAUUAUUGUUUAUACAAUAUACCCAUGCAUUGAAAUAUAAUCUACUGCAUUGAAAUAUAAUCUACUUGUAUAAUUGCAUUUAUAUAUGAUUUCCAGACAUACUACAGGCUACUGUUAGUUAUUCAUGUAAUCAAGUUUGAACCUCAUUCACAAUGUUGAAAAUACAUAAAUAAUAAAAGUAAUACAUUAAUAAUACACUAAAGUUUGCAUUAUAUUUUGUGUGGCAUCUGAUAUUUUAAAAUGAUCAUUCAUAGAGGUCUUUGAACUUAUUUUUUAAAAAAUUGAGAAUCUUAAAAAAUAAAUAAUAAAACAAAAAUGCUUAUAAUAAAGUGCUCUUCAAAAUAGAAAAUUAUUUUUGUUUUUAAUUUUCGUUUUAAUAUAAGUGUUUUAUUUUAUUAUUUUAAACUAUUUAUUAGCCUAUUAUUUUAGCCUUUAUAGUCUUUAACUUUUACCAUUAUUUGUACAUCAUUUGUGAAAAAAUUGUAAUUAAUGUUAAUUACCAAAUCUUUUAAAAAAUUUUCUUUAUAACUGAUUAAUAUAGAUACAGUCUUUGAUAUAAUCUUUACAUUAACAUUUAAUUAUUUUAUUUUACUCUAGGUAUCUUUCGAUUCUAGUGAAAUGAUUGUAGUCAUUUCAUUUCCUCCAAUGUUUUAAGCAUGCUCAGUGCGGUAGGGUCCAAUCACAUUGGGGUCUUGUAAUAGAUCUAGACUAAUAAUAAUAAAUCUAUGUAAUUUUUAUUAUAAAUAUUUAAUAAUAUUUAAUAAUACCAAUUGUUUUGCUUAAUGCUAUUUCAUGCUUUUAGCUUUCUCAAUAGCUAUGAUCCUAUCACUUGCCUGGACCAAUGGG